GGCGGCUGCGCUGUCGUGACGUUCGCGUAACUCUAGCCGCGCCGCUCUAUGGUUACGCAGAGGCGUGAGGGGGCGCUGUGUUGUAGUCUCGCAUUGGCCACCUCAGCCUCUCGCCCGCGUCCGGAGCGGGGCUGUUUUCUCCUCAGGAGGUAGCUGUGAGGGGGAGUGAAAGAUGGCGGCUGCCGUGAGGCAGGAGUUGACCCAGCUCAUGAGCUCCAGCGGCUCCCACAAGGACUUGGCGGGGAAGUAUCGUCAGAUAUUGGAAAAAGCUAUUCAGCUGUCAGGAGCGGAACAGUUAGAAGCCUUAAAAGCCUUUGUAGAAGCAAUGGUGAAUGAAAAUGUCAGUUUAGUUAUUUCACGGCAGUUGCUGACAGACUUCUGUACACAUUUACCAAGUCUUCCUGAUGGUACAGCCAAAGAAAUCUACCACUUCACUUUGGAAAAGAUCCAGCCUCGUGUUAUUUCAUUUGAGGAGCAGGUUGCCUCGAUAAGACAGCAUCUUGCAUCAAUAUAUGAAAAGGAAGAAGACUGGAGGAAUGCAGCACAAGUGUUAGUGGGGAUUCCUUUGGAAACAGGACAAAAGCAAUACAAUGUGGACUAUAAAUUGGAGACCUAUCUGAAAAUUGCUCGACUCUAUCUGGAGGAUGAUGAUCCUGUUCAAGCUGAGGCAUAUAUCAACAGGGCAUCUCUUCUUCAGAAUGAAUCUACCAAUGAGCAGCUACAAAUCCAUUAUAAGGUGUGCUACGCACGUGUUCUUGACUACCGAAGGAAAUUCAUUGAAGCUGCUCAGCGGUAUAAUGAGCUUUCAUAUAAGAGUAUAGUCCAUGAAAGUGAAAGACUAGAAGCUUUGAAACAUGCCUUGCAUUGUACAAUUUUAGCAUCAGCAGGACAGCAACGCUCCCGUAUGCUAGCCACUCUUUUCAAGGAUGAAAGGUGUCAACAGCUCGCCGCCUAUGGGAUUUUGGAGAAGAUGUAUCUAGACAGAAUUAUCAGAGGGAACCAAUUGCAAGAAUUCGCUGCAAUGCUCAUGCCACACCAAAAAGCGACGACGGCUGACGGUACUCAUGUCUCCAACUGUUCCAGUAUUUUGGACAGAGCUGUCAUUGAACAUAAUUUGCUAUCUGCAAGCAAGCUGUAUAACAAUAUUACCUUUGAAGAACUUGGAGCGUUAUUAGAGAUUCCUGCAGCCAAGGCAGAGAAGAUAGCCUCUCAAAUGAUAACAGAGGGUCGCAUGAAUGGAUUUAUUGAUCAGAUAGAUGGAAUAGUUCACUUUGAAACUCGAGAAGCCUUACCAACAUGGGACAAACAGAUUCAGUCACUUUGCUUCCAAGUUAACAAUCUUUUGGAGAAGAUUAGUCAGACUGCUCCAGAAUGGACAGCACAAGCUAUGGAGGCUCAGAUGGCUCAGUAAACCACCAUUCUGUUCCUUUCUGUAGAAAAGACUCUUGGUUGUUGUUGUAAAAAGGUGAAAUAAACAUAAGAAAUUGAAAUUCGGGCUCACACCACGACUUGUAUUAAAACUCCUAAAGGUUGCUCUUAAAGGUACAGUAGAACAUCAUAAGAGGUGUUAAGCUAUAAAGUAAAACUAACCGAGCAGAGUGUAAAGGCGUGUUAAGGUUUUAUAUUAAAAUUUCAGUUGCUUUCUAGCGUUGUGAGUAUUUAUGUGUUGUGAAAAUUAAGGUGCCAUGGUCUCCUUUGCUCUGGUUGUUCCAAUAAAGCUGGGGUUGGACUUAAUCAAA